GGCGACCCAGAAAGCAGCCGUCAUUCAUCAGCUGUGGUAUGCCGAUACGCCUGGGGGCCGGAGCGCGGCGCAGAACCCCUCUGGUCACCGGAUCGGCGGCAGCUGCUCGGCCCCGGAGCUAUUUUCACCCUGAGGAUAAAGUGAUGUGCAGCGCGGCCCCGGAGGCUCCAGUCAGAGAGGAGCAGCGAGGAGCACAGAGAGGAUGAAGUCCACAGGCAACGCGCAGACCGACGGCUUCACCUCCGACCUGGAGGACCUGGACAGCGGCAGCGACAGCUCGGACGGGAAGUCCACCGGAGACUGCAGCCCGCGCAGGGACCCGGGUGAGGGGGAGGCCGGUGACCGGAGACGGAGAAGGCGGAGGCGCAGCAGCAGCAGCAGCGGUGGCGGGGGAGACGGGUGUCUCGCCGGGGUGAGCAAACAGAGGCAGGCGGCCAACGCGCGGGAGCGGGACCGGACGCACAGCGUGAACACGGCCUUCACUUCGCUGCGCACGCUCAUCCCCACAGAGCCCGCCGAAAGGAAGCUCUCCAAGAUCGAGACGCUGCGCCUGGCCUCGAGCUACAUCUCGCACCUGACCAACGUGCUGCUGCUGGGGGAGGACUGCGGGGACGGGCAGCCCUGCCUCGGAUACCCGAGCAUCCUGCACGGCGGCGCCGCCUCCCUGAGGCCCAUCUGCACUUUCUGCCUCAGCAACCAGAGGAAGCUGCUCAGAGAUGGAGGGAAACACUCGGCGUCAGUGUGAAGCGGGCACACCUCCACCUGGAUGUUGUUCACACAUCUGUAGGACUUUGUACAUAUAUAAAUAAUAAUACAUUUA